AUGACGGUAUUAUCUCCCAGUAAAGACCAGAUGUCAAGGACAGAGUUUUGGGCUGGCCGAGAGCGUCCAGAUCCUCCCACGGAGUCGGGGACCAACCUUUGUGUGGAGACGGUCCCUACUGCGGAGGAGUCAAGAAGAUCUUGGGUCGCCAACGAAUGUACAAAACUACGACCGUUUAUGUGCAGUAAAAGGGAGGGCACUUGUGCCACUGGGUGGCGCUCUCAUAACGGCACGUGUUAUCAGUUCAACGUUAACCUGAAGCUCUCCUGGUAUGACGCCAAGGACUACUGCCAGAGCCAGGGAGGAGACAUGGUCACGGUGGAACGAAGAUCUACUCAGGAUUUCAUAAUGUCAGAGACGAACAUGAUUGGUAUUUCUGAUGGUUUAAACAUAUGGUUAGGGGGCUCAGAUAUUGGUUUCAACCCCAAGGUGCUGCGUUGGGGUAACGAAGCCGCCAUAGGUGCCACAGGUACAUACUCCAACUGGGUUCCCGGCCACCCCGUCACCAGCAGUAAACCUCUAUGUGUACAGAUGCUGGCAGCUGAUGGCAAGUGGGUGGCCAGUAAUACCUGCCUCCAGGAGCUGCCGUUUAUCUGCCAGAUAUCUGACAAGAACGUCGUUUAUCCACCGACUGUCCUUCCAGCGAAAGGUAGCUGUGACCCAGGCUGGGUAGCAUAUGGCUUCUCCUGCUAUUACUUUGACAACAGCGCCUCUGUCACAUGGCUGCAGGCCAACCAGAAAUGUCAGGAUAUGGGAGCACACCUGGUGGAAAUGAAAAACGCUAGAGAAAUGUCCUUCAUCGACAAGAAAAUGGUAGCCGCGUCGUGGCUUGGAUUUACCGACAGACGACGUGAAGGCCAUUGGACCCCGUAUACGAACUGGGCCCCCAAAAGGCCAGAUGACUUCCAUGACGGCCUCAGCGAACACUGCGCUAUCAUCCUGGCAGGAGAUCCACAGGGUCUCUGGGACGACGUACCCUGUGACCAACUGAAUGCUUACAUUUGUGAAAAGCUCAUAGGACCUUCCACUACUCCAGGGCCAACCAGUUCGGAAACUGCUGUAUCGGUAAAAUGUGGACUGUUCUGGGAAGACAACCCUGUAAGUGAUCACUGUUAUCAGUUCAACACAGACACGUUGUCGUGGACAGAGGCCCAGCUACAGUGUCAACACAAUGGCGGAGACUUGGCCAGUGUCACCAGUUUAGAGGAGCAGUUGUAUAUCUCAGGUUCAUCAGGUUCUGGUUUGGGUUCCUCUUGUAUGGAAAUGGACGCCUCUACCGGGGUUUGGAGAGACGACCAGUGCCAGAGCAGAAGAGGUUAUGUCUGCAAAAAGAAGGGUAAUAUCUCAAGCAUCACUCCACCUUCAGCGUCGGUGACAACUAGUUCUCCAGGGUAUCCCUCCUGCCAGGAAGACUGGGCACUGUACAGGGACCACUGCUACAGAGUGUUUGAAGACAAGAACACGUGGUCACAGGCCAAGGGCUCCUGUCGACGCAUGGGUGGAGAUCUAGCGUCCAUUUUGACUGCCAACGAGAAUAGUUUUGUGACUAGUUUGGCAGGCGGAGAAGAUGUGGAUCCCAGUGAAUUAUGGACCGGACUGAAUGCUGGUAGGGUUACAAACCAGUAUGAGUGGUCAGAUGGUUCCUCAGUGACCGUUACAUACUGGGCGGCCAAUGAACCUGACCUCCAACGUAGAGAGCACUGUGUUAGCAUAUAUACCUCAGAUGACAAGGACGUGCAUGCUGCAUAUAAAGGUUCCUGUUAUACCUUAUCAAAUAGUGGUACAACGUGGUCAGAUGCCAACAGAAUGUGCAACAGUUCCGGCGGUAACCUGAUUGCUAUAAACGACCACCUGGAGUCGGCGUACAUAUCAGCAUAUAUAGGGUCCACCAUCACUGACGCUGAAUACUGGAUUGGCUUAAGUAACGAUGAGAACGGGGUCUACACAUGGUCAACAGGUGACAGCGUUUCGGUCACUAACUGGGGCAGUGGACAUACAGGUAAUGAAAAACACGUGUGUGUGACGAUGACACAGACCGGCACAUCUACAGGGCAGUGGUAUGAUAGGCCGUGUUCUCAACAUCUGGGGUACGUCUGUGAAUACCCCAGGGGAGACUAUAAGACCACGCCCACUCCUCCGACUACCAUCUCUAACACUUGCUCCACUGAAUACCCGUGGACUGAAUACGGUGGUUAUUGUUACAAGAGGGUAUAUCUCUCCCACAAAUAUGCUCGCACGUGGUCCGAAGCUGUCCAGUACUGUCGAAAUCUCGGUGGUGACCUUGCCAGUUUCCACAGCGAGGCUCAGCUGAUGGCUGUAAUAGGAAGAUUUGAAUACAGGAGUCAAUUCUUCUGGAUCGGCCUGUCCAAGCCCAGCCCGGACAGCGGCUAUGUUUGGACUGACCAGUCUGCCCUGGACUUCACUCCCUGGUCCACUGGACAGCCGGAUGACCACAAUGGUCAGGAGAAAUGUGUCCAACUGGACAAGAAAGACGGGAAGUGGUCUGACGUCAACUGUUACGUCAGAGGAAACGUCAUAUGCCAGUUUAAGAAAGGAGAACCGAUUUAUACCGCAGGUACAACAAUUGUACCAACACCUGCGCCCCAGUGCGGUUCAGACCCAGAAUGGGUGGCCUUCAGAGACUACUGCUACUAUAUAACCCAGGGGUACGCCCCCGGGUCCUCUAUGACGUGGCAUGACGCCAGAGAGUACUGUAUGAAGCAGGCGGGGGAACUGGCCAGCAUUCAUGACGUCAUGGAGAACAGCUUCAUACUUCAACAGGCGGCAAGAAUGAUGAAUGCGGAUACCUUCUGGAUUGGGCUGAAUGAAUUGGAUCUGGAAAGCUACAAAUGGUCCGAUGGAACUGUGACAGAUUUCAUAUCUUGGGCAAAAACGGAGCCAAAUGACUACUUUGGAGGGCAGAAAUGUGUGGAGUUUAGCGUGAAAUCAGGCCAUUGGCUGGAUGAAAGUUGUGGAAAACCUAACCGGUAUAUCUGUAAGAAGCACAAAGACAGUAGAACCACAGUGACGUUACCACCAACACCUGUCAUCACAGGGAACUGCCCUCCUGGGUUCCGAGGAUAUGGGAACAAAUGUUACCUGGUAAUAGGAGACAGUGUGGAUUCUACCCAGUUAAAGACAUGGGGUGAUGCCAGAGAUACAUGCUCUGCCAUGAAUAGUUCAUUUACUCUGGCCAGUGUUUCUAAUCCUUUGGAAGCAGCUUUCCUGACCACAUUGUUGAAAGGCAAAAUGGUGGAUUUUUGGAUCGGUCUCCAUAAACUACGCUUUCGUAAAUUUCAAUGGAUAGACAACACCAAUGUAGACUAUGUAAACUGGGGCUUUGGUGAACCAAAUGGUGGGCUAGGGACCACAAGUGAAGAGCCGUGUGUUAGUGUGUCUACGCGGGGUAUAUCAGCGGGGAAAUGGCAAGACAGGCCGUGUGUCAUCAAGAUGGGCUACGUCUGUCAGACAUGGAAAGAUGCCAGUUAUCCGACUCCACAACCCUCUCAGUCCCCGUCACCCUGUCCCCUUGGUUACGAGUCUUUUGGUGAUGCUUGUUACCAGGUAACGGCCGCCAUGACGUGGGAGGAGGCCAAUGCUACGUGUCGCCGUCAGCAGGACCACCUCGUGUCUGUUCUAGAUGGAUUUGAACAAACGUUUCUCACUCUGAAAGUUCAAGAACUUAACAAGCAGUCUAUGUGGAUAGGAUUAACGAGGACUGGGUCUCAGUACUACUGGGAGGAUGAGUGGCCAGUGGACUAUGUAAACUGGGCAGCUUCCGAACCUCCUAGGAAUGGAACCGCCAGGUGCGUUAUGUUAAUGGCGGAUGGACAUUGGAAGGCCACUGAUUGUAGUCUUAAAUUUCAAGGAAUAUGUAAGAGAACAUCAGCCAAACCCCCGGUGACCGUCCCUGACCCCCCGGGCACCUGUCCUGACGGCGAUUGGUAUCCCCACGGCUCCCACUGCUACCACCUGUCCACUAAGAACCACUAUAAUGACUGGUACAGCGCCAUUAUGCAGUGUUAUCUGAGAGGGGCCACCCUGGUGUCCGUGACCAGCCAGCACGAGGCAGAUUUCUUGGUGAAACUGUUUCAACAAUCUCUGGUCGAUAAUCGCCCCUUUUGGACAGGACUUUAUAGGAAACCGAAUGGAACAUUCAACUGGUAUGACGGUACUCCGUUCAACUUUGCCAAUUGGGCCACGGGGCAGCCCGGCAGUGACAGGGGCAAGGACUGCAUAGAUAUGCACCCAGGGACGGGGAAAUGGCAACUUUCUACCUGCACCUACCCUCUCAGCCAUGUGUGUAAAACGCGGAAAAUACUUCCGACGACGACGCCCGCCCCAGCUUGCAGGUCGGGCUGGUACCUAUAUAAUGGAUUGUGUUAUAAGCCAUUCUUUAAAACCAGCAAAGACCAGAAAACCUGGCAAUCAGCCCGCAGUUUCUGUAGGUCGCAGGGAGGGGACUUGGCAAGUUUUCACAGUUCCGAAGAAAGUGCCUGGUUUGGUACCAUUGUUGGGAAGGCUGGCCUCUAUAGUUAUGGCAUAGACAGCAAUGAACCGCUCUGGAUCGGGCUAUAUGACACUGAUGUUAAUAAAACUUACGUCUCUCAUGUCUGGUCUGAUGGCACACCUUUCGACUUCUCCAACUGGGAUAUCGACCAGCCAGACAACCAUAACGGCAAGGAACGCUGUGUCGGUAUGUAUGCCAACACUGGCAAAUGGCGGGAUGACAACUGCGCAGGCGCAAGGAGCUGGAUAUGUAGAGCGUCAUUGGAUGCCACACCUCUGCCUAGCACCACCACGCCCUCUGGAACCGACGACGAUACAUGUGGCGACUCCUGGCACUCCUACGGGGACCACUGUUACUAUAUCAGUGAGGGGUGGGGCUCCACCCACAGGAAAUCAUGGUUCAGCGCCAGACAGUGGUGUAUGGAGAACGCUGGUGACCUUCUUAGUAUCCAUACUCCUGGAGAGGCCGACUUUGUCACAACACUGGUCAGCAAGACUGAUAAUAUCAAGUCAUGGAUUGGUGCCAAUAACCUGGACCUUCAGGGAUAUAGAUGGACAGAUGGCACUCUCGUUAACUACAUAAACUGGGGCCAAGGCGAACCCAACUCCAGGUACGGUCUAGAGAGGUGUGUCAACAUGUACACAGGGAAUGACAGAACACAGCCAGGUACAUUUAAUGACGACAAUUGUGCGGCGAAAUUACCAUUUAUUUGCAAGAAACACAAACUGAGUAAAACCACUGUAAGUGUACCUACCACCCCGCCCAUAGAAGGAUACUGCCCGAGGGGAUUUGAUGGCAUUGGCAACAGGUGCUACAAGUUAUUUGGCGAGGUCCAGGAAGGGCGUAGGAACUGGACGGGGGCAGCCAGCGCCUGUGCCGCCCUGGGGAGGCAGUAUACACUGGCCAGUAUUACCAAUCCACUAGAACAGGCAUUUAUUACCAGCAAGCUGCAGUUUAAAGUAGCGGAUUAUUGGAUUGGCCUAAGCGACUACUACAGAACACAUUUUCUUCAGUGGCUGACGAAUGAAGAACUGCAGUAUGAAAACUGGGAUGUGAACGAACCGUCACCUUCUUGGCAGUUUAAUGGUGAAGAUUGUGUCCUUAUAAGAUCAGCCGAAAACAGUAUCGGAAAGUGGGCUGAAGUGAAGUGUUCCUUAACUGCGGGGUAUAUUUGUCAAACUUGGAAAGACCCUGCAAUCAAGACCCCGUGGACGACCCAACCUGUGUCCACUCUAUCCAACUGUAAAAAUGGCUACUCGACCCUAGAUGGCGUGACGUGCUAUAAGCUGCACCAAGACGCGCAGACGUGGGCAGACGCACAUGAGAUUUGUACUGAAGAGGGCGCCUAUUUAACAUUUGUAACAGGGUUUUUGGAAGAGGCACAUCUGAUCACUUUCUUGAGACACUCUGACGGGUCACCAGUGUGGUUGGGGCUGAAAGGCUCGAGACCUCAUGGCUUCAAGUGGACAAUGGAAUGGCCUCUAAUUUUCACACACUGGGCCAAGGACGAACCCAAAUCGGAGAAGGCAGAAGUGUGCGGCGUGAUGAUGCAUGACGGGACAUGGAACACAAGGGAUUGUGGGACAAAGCUCCCUUUUGUCUGCAUGACAACUUCUGCCCUACCGCCGGUCACCACACUGCCCACCACAGGCUGGUGUCCGGACCAGGGACAGUGGAUAGACCAUGGGUCAGCCUGUUUCUAUUACGACACCAAUGCCUACUUGGACUGGGGAGAAGCUAGCUUCGAGUGCUACAAAAUAGGCGGUUAUCUAGCGUCUUUUACUAGCGACAACGAGACCAGUUUUAUACUCGAACUGUUGAACGAAGAAGUGGCGUCAAGAAAUUUGUGGAUUGGUCUCAUUAAAAGAAGAAAAGAACAUUAUCAGUGGGAGGAUGGUACGGUUGUCAACUACACCAACUGGUCUCCGGCCAAACCGAGCGCUACUGGUGACGAGGAGAGAUGUGCCGAGUUUCUGCCUACGUCAGGACUGUGGAAUGACGUAACGUGUGACGGAAGCAGGGGUUAUAUUUGCAAAACGUCUAAAAUUUUCCCUACGGUUGCUACAUCCUCCACGACAACACGCACAAAUACCUCCUCGUCAACACCCCCCAGACAUGAGGAACAUGUUGUCCGCGUUGCAGCUAGAGCACAAGGCCUGACUACUGGGUACACUGUGGGCAUAGCUCUCCUGUCCAUCAUCAUAGUGGGUCUUCUUGGUUUCUUCGGGUACAUUGUCUAUAAUCGACCUGGGAAGACUGAAGUCUCGGCUUUUUACAAUUCUGAAGAUGGAGACAAAGUAGAGUUUUCUAGAACAUCUGACAUCACUGAUAGACCUGCUGCGUAAAUCAUGUAUGUUACACGCCGUUGUCACGUGGCACCUUACUUAUGGCAACUGCAUGAAACUGAAUUUUCUCAUCGAUCGAAAACAAGCGUCAACCAUCAGUAUUUAAAUUGAUAACAAA